GAUUCUGGACUUUCCAAAGGCUUGGUAAAAGGGAGGACUUGUCCAGCGGUUAUUCUUAGGAAAGGAGGGAUCUUACGCCACGAAGACCUCAGCGAUGUCAUCGGAAAUGAGCCCUGAUACAGUUCCAAGGAAUAAAUCCUCCGACGAAGACAGGAGAAGAUCUUUGUCCCUUAACGAAAGAGAGACCCCUUCUGCCACUGCAACACCGGCUAAGCUUCGAAAACAUCCUUUAUUUCGUUCCAUGUCUGAGUCUCACGAGGAGCCGCCGCCUAUCACCCCGAUUAAAUCGCCUGCAAAUAAACAUAGGCCAGGUCAUCGGAAAAUAGCGUCGUCUGGCAGUUCUUUCUUUGGUUUUCUUCCCAAUUCCCCUGGUCUCUUGCGGUCAAUGACGAUUAGUGGAACUAGGAACGGGUUAUUGAAUCCCUCCGCAACCUCGCCUCCAAACAGAAAACGGUCUUCAAAUUCAGCAGGGAUGAAGACCGACGCACCUGAGCGCCGUGGACUAAAAGUCAUCGAAAGUUCAUCAGAAAAUGACGUUGAUGGUCCUCUGAGCCAUUCAUCUUCGUCCAGCCUAGGAGGAACUCGAUCCAAAUGGGAGACAAUGGUUGUCGUGGCUGUGAAUCUUUCUAGGUUGGACAUGUCAACAAAUAUGGGCAGCGUGAUGGGACAAACACAAUGGAGUACAAGUGAUCUUCGUUCCCAGUGUCAAAUUACUCUCACAAAUAUGGGUCGACGUGAGCUGAAGGGGUCUGUGAGUGUUCACCAAGCGGUAUAUGAAGCACGGAGUGGCAUCGUCGGCGGACAUGUUGAAAUACAAGAACUCAAAAUGCGAGCCCAAGUCAACGAGCAGCGAGGCUGCAACCCUCAGCAUCUGAUUCACUUGGGUCUACGGUACGCUGAGGCUCGUGUUGAUUACAUGGGAACAUGUAUACUGAUGGGAAACCUCUCCGCGUUCAAGACUGACCUGCGUGAUGAAUGGACGCUACAGGAGACAAAAAGCCCCUCCACCGAUUCUCUCUUCGAACAGGAACGGGAACCAGUGAACGCCAAAAUCUACAUGCACGGGGACUUAGCGUGGAAUGAUUUCAAGAUAAUGAUUUGUCGUUCCACUACACCUGACAUGGUCAAGAUGGUCGCCAAGAUUCAGGAAUUCGUUGCCCAGCAACACAGAAAUAGCAUCCGGGCAUUGUCCUCUCUUCGUCCUCACAUACCUCUCAUUACGGGUGAUGUGAUGUCAUCACUGUCUUCGCCAGUCUCCACGGGAUCCCAAGUCAAAGAAGAAAAUAAAGAUGGUCUGAAAUAUCAACAUUGGGGGAAAGUGCUGAACGCGGUCAGAGGCCUUAAACUGAGCAUGCUCAGCAGUCCCCUGCCAGAGAGAGGUGUGUUGCUGGGAGGGAGCCUGACUCUACACGGCAAAGCUGUCUCUCUGGCUUGUUUUCACGGGGUGAACUUUCGUUCCCAGUCCUGGGUACUCUUUACGCUUCAGAGACCUUACAUGACGUUUACGAGCAAGGUGUGUACAGUGGAGAAAAGCUGUCAAGUUAGGCGCGUGAAAGCCGUGCAAGAUCUUUCACUCAAACUGGGGCAUGGUGCGGAAGACUCUCUCAGUGGAAAACUCUCACCCUCGCCAGCACACGUGGGAAUCGUUCAAAAAGUUGCUCGUGGUAGGAGGAACCCCCCGUCCAUGGGAAGCACUGUCCAGGAUUGGCUCAACUAUGUAUGUGCUACCGGAGGGGACAUAAGCCCGUCAGAUAACACCGCAUCCAGCAGUCUUGAUAAGCCUCGUGAACGCUCAGAGUCUAUGACAGGGCCUGGUAAAGUUGCCACGAAAGAACGACGAGCAAGUAUCGGCUUCCGAUACGAACACGAGACAGAGGCGAUAUUUGUUAUUCCGAAGUUUGAGAUGGAAUUCCGAUCUGAACACGACAUGCCGAUGACGUCGAUUGCAUCCAAGUGGGUUCGUAAACAAAAAAGUGCACCGGUGGUCACGCUCAUGGCCGUGACACCAGCCAGUCCGCACGUGGUGGAGACAAGCCUCACGUCAACAUUUGAUGAUGGCCUUUGCGUGACAGUUGAUGUAGGUCUUUUGUUCUUCUUACAUGACGUAGUACAGACGUAUAUUAAAGAAAACGAGACCACGACUUCAGCUUCAAUUCCCCGCGGGAUGUCGCCUCCCUCGCGCGUGCGUAGAGAGCGCAUGGCUGAAAAAGAAGACCGAGAGAAAGCUCCCAAACCGGAAGCCAAACGAAUCCGUCAGUUUCGGAGCAAGUACUGGAAGCUAGAGCCUCGCGUUCGCUUCUUAUCGUGGGCAGGAAAGAACAUGGAUCCAGUUAACAUAGACUGGGUUCUACAGAAGCUUGGUUUUUCGCAUGCGCAGUUGACCAUCCCGAAGUGGGCUCAGCGGGGGGCCAUGGACCCAAUGGACGCGUUUUUGUCGCUGCUGGCUGACAGACUCUUGGCGGGAAUGCAGGAGAGUUCGUCAUACCUUGGUGACCGAGAGUAGAUUAAUCGUAUUUUCAGUUGAAAUGACGUUAUUUAUCAAGUCUUAUGAUAGAUAUGUACACGUUUUGGUCGUAUAAAUGGUAGCAAUCAUUCUAUCAAAUUUCUUUUGCGGCUACAGUAUUUUUUCUUUGUUUUGCCUGUGAGAUUAAGGACAGAAUAUUAGGAAGCCUGAGCGCAAAUGUUUUUGAGACGCACUUUUUUUGAGACGUUUGCUCCAGGUAUUUUGUAUGUAGUAUCCAGUUUAAAAUGUUGAGACAAGGGCUUGACAGGUGAUUGUUUGUCGUCAAAUUGUUUCUACUAGUAGUUUUAUUAUGCCAUCACCGUAAAAUUGUGCUGGUGAUUGUUUUAAUCUUUGUAGCGUUUACCAUGGUAAUUUUAUUACUGGAGAAAAUAUGUUUAUCUUAGACCAAUUUAUAUUCAUUUCCUUCGCUUUCUCGUUGGAAUUAUUUAGCCCUUACCACUGUUGUUAGCCCUUGUUGAACUUUUGUUAUAAAUGAUCGAAGUACUUUCCACUUUCGUUUUCAGAUUCUCUGUGCAGUGCAAUUAUUGCUUUUUUUUUAUCGAGUUUUUAUUAUGAAUACGCUGAAUGUCAAUUUGCAAAUACUGGCAUUUCAGACAAUGACGUGCCAAUUUCUCAUAACUUGAACACCGAAACUUAACUAGGAAAAAUAUUUCACUACAAUACAUUUCUACGUUAUUUAAGAAAAUGAUCACUGCCUUAAAGUAAUGGAUGCAAGCAUUCCUCUUUGCUAGAUAUUUUAUGUAGGUGCUAGAAAAAAUAAGCCAUAUUUCAGAUGGUGCAGGUUCAUAAUUUCAGAAAUACGUGUUAUUUAUGAUGCAAUUUCUAAGUUUUGCAUGAACGAUAGAUGAUUGCAGAUCAACUCGGCAGGCUAGUUGCUAAACCAGGUGUUAAGAAACUGUUUAUUACAACUCGAGGCGAGUUGACAAAAGAUGAGUGCUGUAAUUUUUAAAUAUUUUGUAUCAGUGCGAAGUAGAAGUAACCUCUAGUGUCAGUAAGAUUUUUAGUAAUGAGGGAGUGGUUGGAGGUACCAGUAGUUCGUUUCACGUUCAAGUUGAAAUAAAUCGGAACUGCUUAUGGUUAAAAUUUCUUUGCGCUCCUUUAAAGAAAAUGGAGCUAUAGUUUUGUCUUGUACGUUUGUACGUGAUUCGAGCGUAUUGGCCACGAAACCCUUAGCUAUACCUAUGGCCAAGUCGAGCUUCUCUUCAAAUUCUUUUUAUGAAGGGUUCCACCAUCUAGGAAGGACAAUGCACUUUGCUUGCUCCAGUCAAGGCCAUUCGUAAUGGCCAUGUUGCCCAUAGGUUC